AGGCCUAAACCCUUUUCGCGUACCCCAAUCGUCGACUAUCAGAAGAACGGAGAAGAGAGCAUCGACAGCAGCAAAAAUGGUGGUUAGGCUGAGAUUGUCGAGGUUCGGGUGCAAGAACAAGCCAUUCUACAGAGUGAUGGCUGCCGACGGCAGAUCUCCCAGAGACGGCAAGCAUUUGGAAGUUCUCGGUUACUAUAACCCCCUACCCGGUCAAGAUGGUGGGAAACGAAUGGGUCUUAAUUUUGAACGGGUGAAAUACUGGCUAUCAGUUGGUGCACAGCCAUCGGAACCAGUUGAGCGUCUUCUCUUUAGAGCAGGCUUGUUGCCACCACCACCAAUGAUGGCCAUGGGACGAAAAGGUGGACAUCGAGACAAUCGUCAGGUUGAUCCUAUGACGGGGCAUGUGACAUUUGAGAACUCUAAAAAUGAUCAAAAAGCUUCCCCUGUAGCUAAUGAAGAGGAUGGAAACUAAAAUUUUGCUAUGAUAUGGGAUAUGGGUCUGUAAUUUAUUCCUGAAAAUCAAAGGAUUGGGCCAUCCUAAAAGAUGUACUUCUGUUUUUAGAAUUCAAGUGUAGCUAGUGAAUAUCAUUUUUCACCCUUUUGGUGUUUGUUUUCCUUUUCUUUUCUCAUUAACAAUAAGUAGUACAAAUUUCUUGUUUUGAAUACACAAUCUGCAAUAUUGUGAUGAGUUUUCAUUUGAAGCUGCAGGGAUUGAUGUCUUCCCCACAUUUUAGCAGAAGUUAAUGUUAUUGUAUGGUGAUUCCUGCA